AAAGCUUUUAAAGCAAAAAUAAUAUUGGGACCGUACAAAAAGAUGCCGGGAAAUACCGGUACUUUAACCGUUAAAAAGCCGGUUAUUUGCUUUAAGUACGGGCAAUUGGGUUAUAUCGUUAUAGCAUGCAAAAUACGAACGGAUAACCCGGAAACCCCGUUAACCUUAACAACCAUACAAAAAGCAAAGGGGAAAAGGCCGGAAAUACGGUAUUACGGGUAUAAAAAGCUAAGCUAUAUCCGGCCGGCGUGCUUUAAAAAAAGCAAAAUAUUAUUACCCAAUUCGAUACCGCUAUUUGGCCGUUUAAGCACCGGGGUUUAA